AUGUCUGGAGUGCUGGAUGCAUCCUUGGCGAAAUGGCAACUGGUGCCGCGCUUUUCCAUGGGGACAGCGAAAUCGACACUAUCUUCCAGAUCUUCCGAAAGCUCGGAACGCCAACGGAGGCUGACUGGCCUGGGCUUUCGAGCCUUCCAGACUUCAAGCCGACGUUCCCUCAGCUUCUUGGCAAGCAGUCCACAGGAUAUCACAGGAUGCUUGUUCUGGGAGAAGUUUUAUUGUCACAUUAUUGUCAUGUCCUGGGUGUCUCAUGUCGUACAAGCAGGUUACUUUCUGGAAGAUGAUCAGCAAUCACUGUCAACACAACCAGAUGGCAUACAGGCUAAAGGGCCUGCAUUCAGAACAUAUUCAGGACAGUCCCAGUGCUUUGUGUAUGUGCUGCUUCAACUAUCAGUCGAACUGCCGCCAGCGAGUAUGGAAAGACCCGCCCUGGCAGCAGUCCACCACAGUCCAGCAUGGGUCACCAGCAGCCACCACAGAAAGUCAAGCAAAAGACAUUGGUAA